UGUUACUUCCUGUUUUGUCCGGAGCAGAGCCUCCUCUGUCCCCUCACUUCUCCUCUGUUGUCUUCUGUGUCUUUGUUUGAUAAAACUCUCCUUCCUUCUUCUCCUCCGUAACACGGACGCACAGCUCACCUCCAGCUCACAGUAGACCCGACCGGGAGUAUCUGGAUUCAGUGUCCGGGACACAGAGCGGAGCGCCGGGAUGAGUUCACAUGAGGAGCCGGUGUGUGUCCGGUUCUACCUCUCCGGGUCCUGAUGGAUUUUACAUAGACUGUUUGUUCACAAACCACAAAUAAUGCGCUCUCUGGUGCUAAUGCUAAUUAGACUCUCUGCUAAUUAGCCUGCUCGGCUAACCAGGUUAGUUAAACUAGUUAAACUGACGUUAGUUGAAGCUGUCGCUGUUUUGACCUCUUACUUCGACAUGGUCUCCGCCUGUUAAAGUGCCUGUUUUUUAAAGCUAGUUUGGUUAACUCACUUAAAGCUAAAGGUGCUAAUUUACAGAGCAGCUAGCUUCGGCUAAAACCGGGUUUAAUGUAGUUUGAGUUUGGUUGAACUGAGUUUUAAAUGCGCUAAAUCGAGCUUUAAAUGUUGAGUUAUUGAUUCAAGUGUCCUUUUUGGUGUUUGUAGCAGGUUUUGAGUUCAGCUUGACUUUGGUUUGGUGAGUUUUUGAAUGUAGUUUGGUUGACAGCGUUUUAUUCAGCCAGUCUGUGCUUUAAAACCGGGUUUAAAUGUGGACUAAGUUUGGUUAACUUUGGGUUAAAAUCAGGUUUAAGUGUCAGAUUUCAGGUUUUGGGAAAAUAGUCCUGCGUUAGACUGGGUUAUAAAUCUCAGUGGGGGUCUAGGGACAGGUAACCCCAGGUCCUGUGUUGUGUACCGGGUUCAGUGGAGUCCAGAGGCAGGUAGUCCUGGGUUCAGACUGGGUCACAAGUGUCCUUAUUGGUUUCCAGUUCCAGUUUUCAGUUAGACUUUUGUUUAAUGGGAUUGUGAAUGUAGUCUGGCAUCAGUCUGUUUUAAAGCUGGGUUUAAAUGUAGUCUGAGUCUGGUUAAAUUAAGUUUACGUUAAGUUCUGGGCUGAAACCGGCUGGUGAACUAGUCCUGUGUUAAAUGCGUUGCGUGCUGGGUUUACUGUGGGUCUAGAAGCAACUAGUCCCGGGUUAAACCCAGGUCUUGGUUUAAGUGUCCUUAUCGGUGCUGAUAGCUGGUCUUGAUUUGGUUUGGAGCUCAGUUAGACUUUUGUUCAGUGGGGUUUUGAAUGUACUUUGGCCUGGCUGAGACUUGAUUUUGAAUCAAGUCCUCUGCUAAAACUGGACUGGUGAACUAGUCCUGUGUAAAACCAGGUUAUAGAUGUAGUCUCUCCCAGUUUCAGUGGGGUCUAGAGGCAGGCGGUCCCUGGUUUAAGCACAUUUCUUGCUUUAAGUGUCCUUAUUGCGUUUUUCUGGUUCAAAUAAAGGUUUUGUUAGACUUUGGUUUAAUGUUUUUUUUUAAUGACAUACGUAGAGGGUCGACUUCAGACAGUCUCUGUUUAAAAACUGGUUUUGGAUGUAGUCAGACCUGGUCUUUCCUGACCUUGUGACGGUCUGUGUGGGUUUGGAAGUCUGUGGUUUUCGUUGGUCUUUGAUGCAGUUAGUCCAGGUCUAAGCGGGGUUUAGCUCAUGAUGGCGGAGCUCCAUCAGACUCCCACCUCACUGUGCUGCUGCCGUAAAUCCCUGCCGGUCUCUGGGGCCCGGUGUGUCGGGGACUCCAGCCGGCCCUCGGCAGGUCCGGGUCCCGGGUCCCCGCGGUGCCCCCUGGUGGACGUGGCCUCAGCGUCUAACUUCCGCUGCUUCCAGCUGCGACACUUCCACCUGGACCUGCGGCUGAACUUUGCUGUGAAAGAGAUGAGCGGCUGGUUGGUUCUGGACCUGGUCCCGGUCCAGCCGGGGGUCCAUACCCUGGUCCUGGACUCCCACUCCUCCCUCCUCAUCCACUCCAUAGACUGUAAGGUCCCCGGGGCCGGACAGGAGGAGCCCGUCUCCCUCACGUACCGGGUCGACCCGUUCACAGACUACGGCUCCUCGCUGAACAUCAGCCUGCCGGCAGCAGUGCUGAAGCCGGGCCGGCUGAUCCAGAUCACAGUCCGCUACACCACGACAGACGGACCGGCGAUCUGGUGGCUGGACUCGGAGCUGACCUGUGGUCAGUCUCGUCCUCUGGUCUUCACUCAGGGUCACUCGGUGUGUAAUCGCUCCUUCUUCCCGUGCUUCGACACACCUGCUGUCAAGAGCACCUACACCGCUACUGUCAGGGUUCCAGACGGAGUGACCGUUCUGAUGAGUGCGUCUCGGAGCUCGUACUCCAAACAGGACCGGGUCUUUCAGUUCUCCAUGGAGUUUCCCGUCCCGUCCUACCUGGUGGCGUUGGUGGCCGGAGAGCUGCAGCACGUCGACGUCGGCCCUCGGAGUCGUGUGUGGGCGGAGCCAUGUCUGCUGUCCUGCGCAGUGAAGAAACUAGGGGGCAGUGUGGAGCGCUGGCUCGGUGUAGCCGAGGAGCUGUUCGGACCUUACCUGUGGGGCAGGUGUGACAUCGUGUUCCUCCCCCCCUCCUUCCCCAUCGUUGCCAUGGAGAACCCCUGCCUCACGUUCAUCAUCGCCUCCAUCCUGGAGAGCAGCGAGUUCCUGCUGAUCGACGUCAUCCACGAGAUCGCUCACGGCUGGUUCGGCAACGCCGUCACCAACGCCACCUGGGAGGAGAUGUGGCUGAGCGAAGGGCUGGCCACCUACGCCCAGCGCAGGAUCACUACUGAGGCCUACGGUGAGGCGUUCACCUGUCUGGAAACCGCCGUCCGAUUGGACGCCCUCCACAGACAGCUGCGUCUCCUCGGAGACAACAACCCUGUGAGCAAACUGCAGGUCAAGUUUGAGCCAGGUGUGAACCCCAGCUCUCUGAUGAAUCUGUUCACCUACGAGAAAGGUUUCUGUUUUGUGUCGUACCUGUCGCAGCUCUGUGGAGACGUCCGACGCUUCGACUGCUUCCUCAGGGACUAUAUCUCAGAGUUUAACUUUAAGAGUGUGGUGGCUCAGGACCUCAUCGACUACUUCCUGGGUUAUUUCCCUGAACUGAAGGACGCUGCUGUCGCCCAGAGAGAGGGUCUGGAGUUCGAGCGCUGGUUGAGCGGGUGUGGCCCUCCUCUGUAUGAGCCUGAUCUGUCAGCAGGGGGCGCUCUGACCCAGCCGGUGCAGGACCUGUGUGACCUGUGGAGGAGCAGCGACGCCCCCGACCUGCAGACCGUGUCGACCUUCGACCUGUCGGCCUGGAGCACCUUUCAGAUCGUCCUGUUCCUCGACCGCAUGCUCGACCUCUCUCCUCUGCCGCACGAUGUGAUGGCGAGUCUGUCUGGUUGUUACUCGUCGCUGUUUGACGGUCUGAACGCUGAAGUUCAGAUCCGCUGGCUGCAGAUGGUGGUGAGGAACAGUUUCUACCCCGAGCUGCCGAGAGUCCGAGCCUUCCUCCACAAACACACGUCCAGGAUGUACACCGUGCCGCUGUACGACGACCUGGUUGCCGGGGUGAUGAAGUGCUUCGCCGUGGAGAUUUUCAACCAGACUCAGCGCCGCCUGCAUCCAAACCUCAGACGGACGUUACAGCAGAUCCUGUUCCAGACCACCGCCCCGACCAAUCAGAACGGCCCUGCUCUGGCCAUCGUACUCCCCUCCCACUCCCCAGCCCCCUCCCCGCAACCGCAGCCCACCGCCACGGCAACCGCCGCUGCCGGGACGACCUCCGCCAUCGCUCUGCGGGACGUCAACGUCUCUGCAUGAAGUCCACCUGUCCCGUCACGUCACAGUGGCUGUGAUUGGUCGGUCGUUACAGGUGAAGGGCUGAACGCGGCCGUAGGACGUUGUCGUCAUCAGGCUAAUGAUGUAAGCUGUCGCCGUGGCGACGGCUCCAGCUUGAACACUGUGAUGAAGAAGAGUACGACAGGAAGUUCACUCCACAGAUUUUUAAAGUCGGGGUCGGGGGUGAAAGGUCACGGCUCAGGGCUGCUGCUUUAUGAUGACGUAUCACGUGACUGUUAGCGUUUUUUAAGCUCCAAUCAGUUCGCAGACGCGAAGCGCAGACCGAACGACGUCAUCACGCCGCGCUAACAGCCGAUGGCUGGCGGCCCUCGGACGGGCCCUCUGAUUGGACGUCAGACUUCUCGCAGUCUUCGGACGAUGUAAAGAUUUUUCCUCCGCGGUGCAAUUUAACUGAUAACUUGAAGAGGUUUUGUUUCGUGGAAUCUGAUCGACGUGUUGCUUCGCUGUCCAGCAGCUGAUCCGACCGAUCGUCUGCGAUUCAGAAAGCUCGUCUUGUUUUCGACUUUUUAUUGAUCGAUCUGAACUCGGAGGCUCGUUUGUCGGACGUUUGAACUCGUCUGAAUCUGCUGACGAGAUUAAAGUCGUCUGAAUGUUUUUGAGUAUUUUUAUUUUGAUCGUUCCUUCUUGUUUGGUCUGAAGUCGAGUCUCAUUACUAAUAAUAAUAAUAAUAAUAAUAAUAAUCAUCAUCAUCAUCAUCAUGUCUUCAAACGUCAGAUUCAAACACGACGUAAACCAUCAACAGUCUCCACAUAAUGUUUCGAUUAAUCGAUUGUUUCGUGUGACGGUGAAAUGUAGAAAGUCCUCCGCUCUGCACUUUGUGUCUCUGAUCGAAGCGUCCACGAAAGCCGGCGGCCGCGGGCUUGACGAGGACGAUCAAUGACUUCGACAUUGUGACGCGUUAUCUCAUAAUUUAGGUUUUUAUUUCCUGUCGUUCGUUCGUCGAGAGCUCGUCCGGGCAGAGAUGAGCCUCUGGAACAUAAAUAACGUGUGAAGAUGAGAAACUGAAGCGUGACAGGUCCACCUGCAGCCCCCGAGGCCUGUCACACACCUGAGGGCCAGGCCUGGUGUUCGCGAUGCGUUCGCUGUCUCGCAAAGUGUCCGUGUUUUAACAAACGUAGCUGAAAUGAACACGUGGCUCCAGAUCCUUCGUGUUUACCUCAGAUUCUGACCUGCAGACCAGGACCCGGGGCUCCACGCUGAGUCUCUGAUCCGUCACCUGGACGUUUUCACUGUGUUGGAGUCUGCAUGUCACAUGACUCAGCAGGAAACAUACAAACCAGCAGACUUGCACCUGAGUGGCCUUAAUGCUGCGUUCACUGCAGCUGGGAACUGAGAGUUUUCAGUUCUGCUCGUCGGUACAUCUUCAUCCCUUUAACGUUGAUUCUGACUGUUUUUACCUUCAAUCAAUAAAAAUAAAGCUAGCAAUACAAAUCCAGCCUCUUCACUGGAGUUUACUGACGCACAAUAUUUACUCUGAAAAGUAGCAAAUGUCACGCUUUUAUUUUAUUGAACCUGUUCUGCUGUUGCUGUGAUCAAUACUGGAUCACUCCGAGGCUCAUACUGAUCAAUAUUUGAGAGUUAAAAAACAAUAAAAUAAAAAAACUUAAAUGAUUUAAAGCUGAAACAUGUUGAAUAUGAGAAACGCCCCACUGUUCCCAGCUGUCAGUGAACGCCUCUUCACAGAGAGUUUGUAAUGACUACAAAUAAUCACUUGAAACUACAGAUUGUAUUUUUACUGCCUCAGUGUUUCCAGGACCUUUUGCUGGGUCCUUGUAGAUCCUUGAGGGGAUCUCAAGGAUCUUAAGGGGUUCCAGUGCAGCUUGAAGGAGGUUUCUGCAGAUCCUCCAGGGGGUCUUCUGGUAGGAAAAACAUAUCGACGUUUAAAGCGACAUUAAAAAGUUAUUUUAAAGCGACAGUCUGAAGAAACGUGUUCUUUGCUAAUAAAACGUCACAACAG